AUCAGUAACAUGCAUAAGAAGAAAUAAUAUUUUAAGCUUACGUAGUCCAAACGUUGCUGGGCAUAAACGCCGUCAUCACCAACAUCAAGGGGAGUAACCUUCGGCUGCAGGCAUUGGCCAUGAGGCUCUAGAGAGCUUUGCAAUGCCACUCGUGGAUGAGAUGGACAACAACUGAGAGCUGGCAGGACCAUGGCUGCAUUGACUAGUAUCGAAUACAUUGUCGAUAGUCUCCAAGGGCAAUAAAUAAAUAAACUCCAACGAUCAGACCAGAGGAGUAAGAGUGGGAAGAAAUAAUCCAGUUACAUGUGCUGUUUUCGAGAGAAUCAAGAAUGGUCAUAAGCAAGCGAUAGGAUGGCAAAAAUCGCGCAAAGGAGCAACAGGGGUGAAUACGUUUGCUUUUUCGUUUUAUCAAUCAGUUUAUAUCGUAUUGUGGCUCUUAGCGCUCAACUAAGCACACAUAGCCUCGUGGACAAGAGCCACGCCGAGAAGCUCAUUGGGCUGAGAUUGGGCAAUAUGCACCUACAUCCAGUUCUAGACGACUGCAUGCCAGCUGCCUGGAGAAAUACGAGCCAUCUUGCAGGUAUCAGGCGGAGCCUUGUUUAUAAUAUGGGAUCAACGCUCAUUCCAAACUGCUUGGAAAAGACGUUGCAGCCCCACCUAUCCUCCAGAGAAGUUCCAUACUCAAAUAACGCACAUAGAUAUUGUCUUAUGCGCGAGUUACCCGUCGAAAAGAACAAGAUAUCCAAGAACACAAUGGACCAAAUCCCUCAAAAGCAACCAUGGCGAGCUCUGAUGGCCGACGGGUCUGGUCUUGGAAGAUCUGUGAUGGUCAAAGACGAAGACGAGUUCAAACAAGGCGAGAUAAUUGUGAUCGGUGGACAGAGCGCCCCUGAUCCUGGAAAUAGACCAUCGUGUCCAGAGGACUCCCUCCUCUAUUAUGACACUGCGAAUAAAUCAAGCAAUGCUGAAAUGGAGCUGCAGUAGUUGACACACUGUGUUAUUUGUUGCAUAUAUUCUAAAUCAACACAUUCUCUUGGUCAUUCCAUGUCUACUCCGUGCUGUCGGCAAAAAAGACGAAUGCAGUGCUCCUGGGGAGGAAUCAAUUAAUUUGAACCAUUUUCGCCUUUGAAACACGUCUUACCUUCUUUCUGGGGGUUCGAGUCGGAUUGUAAGAAUACCCAUGCUUCUCCCGGCAACUGGUUGCGCA